UGGAGGCACCUGUUAGGGGGCCCUCCUUUGGCCGUCCUCAAUCAAUUUACAGUCCGGCAGCCAGUUAGUGAAAGAGAACUAGAAAACCUUUAUGAGAAAACGUCAAGUUAUUUACGGGCACUUAAACACUCCAUCACCGUUUCCCCAGUUCUUGGUAUUUCUAGUUAAUGAAUAAAGAUCAGGUGGAUCAAAUAAAAAAAUAAUGUAGGUACUGUAUUAAGAUAGAAGAGCCGUAGCAAUAAACAGGUAAAAUAGGCGUCCAGGUGGGUCAUACACUCACCUCAGGACCCACCAAGGACAAACCCAUCAGGGAAAAUGGGAGGAAUUAAACAAACUCUGGCAACCUUCCCCUAACAAACCAUAUAAAAUAAGAUAAAUUAAUAAAUAAAAAUAAAGAAAAGCUGCCCUAGUUAUAGAUGGCAGCUGUUAACAGGAGUGGUGUGAGACAGCUGGAGUGUACAGCUUCACUACUGCUGUGCUGCUGUUUGUUUACAUAUCUGCUGGGGCUGGACGCCGACCUCUGCCUCCCUCUCGCCACACCAUUUAAAACCAGAUAUAACCCGUGGAUUUUAUUAUACAGUGUUUAUUAUCAUCUUCACUAGACAACUGAAAGACUUGUGUAUAACAGGGUAGUGUAAAUAUAGAUGUUUUUUCUUCUUGUUCUUUAUAUUUUAGAUUUAUUUGUCUUCAUCGGUCUCCAUAAGACAGCUUUACACUAUGUUAAUAAGGCGGGUGGAGGGAGUCUGUGGUGUUUUUUGGGCCUUAUUGACCACAACUGUGUUAAUUUAUCUUAGGUGUUGGUCAUAUUGAUGUAUGGUUGGUUAGACAUGAGUAUCAUUAUCAUAGAACCUCAGUUACUUAAAACCUUUAUUUAAAUAAGUCAUUUUUGGAAGUGCUUUACUGAACAAUGAAACCUACUUGGUACCAUAAGUUUCAUAAAUUUUAACUCUUACUUAUGCAUAUUAAAAACCCAAGACCCAUCUUCUGUGUGGAUCAUUUUCAGGUAGAAAAAAAUCCAUAUUUUUUGUAUUUCCAUUAUAUAUUUAAUCUGGGGCUGCACAAGAGUCAAUCAAGUUUCAUGCAUUUAAUUAUUCUGGCAACACAUAUCAUCAGUGACAGAUAAAGUCUUAAGUAAUGCAUCUUGCUAUUUGUCCUGUAUUAUUAUUCUCUCUACUUCUUGUAUUCCUUUAGUAACUUUAAAACAAGUAAUAUUAUCAUAGACUGUACAGUAUAUUAUAAAGGUAUUUUGUAUCUUGUGGUGAUGCAUGUCCACAUACAGUACAGUAUUGUCUUGAUAUUGGUGCAAAUAAUAAAAUUCGUUCUGCAUUGUGAUGUAAGAAAUUAGAGGGAACCUUGGUGUGUGUGUGUGUGUGUCGCUAAGUUGGGAUAAUAUUCCAGUUGAACCAUAAAAUACAACUUAUGUUUCUGCAAAAAUUACAAACUUUUGCUUUUAUUGUAAUAACUAUGAAAUGUAGCUCAUAUAUUUAAUGUGUAAUGUAUUAUUUAGACCAAAACUGUCAUUUGUCAAGAUGGCUGUGGAACCAUUUUAGCAUAAUUUUCAUGCACGGUGAAGCUGUUUCGCACAACGGCUAUAAGGUUUUGUAUUGCUUAAUUGAUCAUCUUAUGUAUUUUAGUUUUCUCAAUCUCCAAGACAAGGUAAAUACCACUACUCUAACCUACCCUAACUACUGUACCAGCAUGUGAGUUCUGUUGGGAAGGUUAGGGUUAAGCCAACAUAUCAUGCGUAAAGUAGUACCUUGUUUUGACUGUGAAAAAAAAAGUCUUAACUGCCACCAAGCUUUAUGGUAUAUUGUUAUUAAUGCUCAGUCUUUAUUUUCCCUUAAAAUUUUGGGUUGAAGGUGACAGGGAGGCAGGCAGUGACUAUCCCUGACAUUUGAUUGGGGGAUUGUCUAAGGACCGAUUUGAAUUUCCUAGUCAUGAGUCUGUGCACUACUUAAAGCUCACUGGCUUUUGACUUUGCCAGAAAAGGGAUUUCAGGAUCAGUUUUCUCUUUAUGGCCAGUGCCUUUGACCAGGUGACUCAUGAAUUCUGAAGCCAGUUUGAAAUUGGGAGGCAGUUGUUGUGAGUGUGGCAUAGCUCUUCUGCCUAUGUCCUAAUUGUGGGGUGAGAGUCAGUUAAGUGGGAGACAUCUGGACAGGGUCAAGUCUAGGCUGGUGCUACACUGUUUCAUGGCAGAUAACCUCACCGUGCCUGAGCUCGACAGAGGCCAAUUUGCAUUUCUGCUGACAUGGCAUUCACAACCUGUUGCUUCCUACUGUGAAUGGUAGACUGUUGUAUCUAAACGUCCCUUUUGGGACUUUAUUGUGAAGGGGAAGUGCAACAAAUUCAUGAAUUGGUCCCAGUAUAUGAUGCAGUGAACAGUAAGUAAGUCAAACCUGGGAGUUGGUGUGGCUAAAAUUCAUGAGUUGCCUUGUGAAGUGUAGGCCAUAAAUUAAGACAUGCGGUGUAUUAAUAUUUACCUCAUAGUAAGUGCAGUGUAUUAUUGUCAUUAUUAAAAUUUUCACAUUUCCUUCAUCAAGUUUUUCCUAUUCAGAUCUUCAAAAUCUUAGAGUACAGAUCACCUCAAACAUGCCGAGACUGAGGUGGAAGUAUCAGAGACACACUCCCCGCUAUACCAAGAAACAGCGACGACUGAAGAGAAUGGCAAAACAGUAGAAGAUGGAUAUACAAAUUCUGGAGAAGUAGACCAACUGGCUGAUGAAGAUCCACUGACAGAUGAAGACCCUCCUGUAACGAGCUUUUUAUCUUUUGUAGAAAUAAAAGAGGAGCCUCAUGAGCGACCUGCACAAGAUGGUCGACCUAUCACCCCUAGACAGAGCCUGCCAUUGCCCUGGAGGCAUGCAAAGCUUGAUGGCAGGGGAACAUUACCCAGAUGGACACUUUAUUACUGCAACUGAAGAAUACACUUCAGCUUACCCAGCUUACCCACCCGGUGAACCCUUACAAACUUCGAGUGGGUCCACAGGAAUCCAGUAUAUGUCUCAUAGAGCCAUGGGGAAUCCAGAACCACACGACGUAACUAUCCCAGGUGUUAAUGGGGAAGUGCCACCACCCAUCGAGGAGCACCUCUCUUCCAGUGAAAAUAACGACUUUGCAUCUUGCAUGUGUCAUAUUUACGAGUCAAUGGCUGCAGAAAUGGAACAAGUGAGACGCGCCAAAGCAGCUGCAUCUCGAAGGGAAUGUCGACGUCGGCAGCUAGAAAGCAUGACCGAAGAGGAGAAAAGAGCAAAACAUAGAGAAGAAGCCGUAGCACAAAAGAAAUACCGUCAACGUAAGCUAGACAGUAUGACCGAUGAGCAGAGAAGAGCAUAUCGGGCCGCUGUGGCCGAAUCACAACGUAUGCGUCGUCGUCUUCGCAUGGAGAGCAUGAGUGAAGAAGAACUGAAGGCUUACCGUGCAGAAGCGGCCGCAACGCAAAGAAGAAAACGCCAAGUCCAGAGACAGAAAAUGACCGAUGAAGAAUUACAGAUGCACCGUGCUGUUGAAGCAGCUUUACGUCGCUACCGUCGAAAGUCAAGUUCAAGAAAAGAAACGAACUCACAUCGUAGAGCGGCAGCUAAAGCAAGAAGAGAAAUUCAGCUGUGUCAGUUGGAGGAAGGGUUGGACGAAGAAGAAGAUAUUGAACAAUAUGUUGCAGCAGCAGCUUCAGCACAAAGGGAAUUGGACCAAUAUAGGGAAGAAUAUGACAUGAAUGCUCAACAACAUUCUGACAUGCAGGGGGAUGACACCACUCCUGAAAAUCUGAUGGUGCAGCUACUGAUGCAAGCACAACAACAUGCAGAUGCACUUCAUGGUGUUCAGGGUCAAGAAAUAGUUGUAAAGCAAGAGAUGGAAGAAAUACAUUAUCCUCAACAGGAGAGAAUGAACGAAGAACAUCAUAUGAAUGCUUACAUGUACGGUCAGCCACAGGUACAGGGGAAUAUGACACAACAUUAGAACAAGGACACUGUCUACUAACAAAGAUGUUAUGACAACAUGAAGAACAAGGACACUGUCUGCUAAUAAUGAAGGUAUGACAUAACAUUAGAACAAGGACACUGUCUAUUAACAAUGAGGUUAUGACAACAUGAGAACAAGGACACUAAUAACAAGAGGAUAUGAAAGGACAUGAGAGAACAAGGACGCUAAUAACAACAGGAUGUGAAAGAACACGAGAACAAGGACACGUAUAACAAGAAGAUACGAAAGAACACGUGAGAACAAGAAUUCUCGAGUAACGAGAGGAUAUGAAAGCACAGGAGAGAACAAGGACAGUGUGUAUUAAUGUGUUUGUUUGGGUCUACAAUGUCAGUUCUCCACAAGGCAUGAGGAUGAGAACACGGCGUGGUAAUAGGAGGAUGCGACACGCUCCUAGACCCCUGACCCUGACUACUAGUGUGGUGACCAUGCCAGCCUUGCAUGUCUGGUCACUAUAAGAAAAUGAGAACAAGGACUCUGUUUACUAGUGUGUUAGUUAAUGUUAGUUGUUCAUAGUGUGAGGACAAAGACAUGGUAUUCUACUGUAUUUAUGUGUUGGCCAGAUUGAUCAGCCAUACAGGGAUAUAACACAUGGACUUACCCCAUCUCCCUCCCUCCCUCCCCCCCCACAAAAAAAAAAAAAAAAUUACUGUAGCUUCAUCAUGACAUGUAGAAAGACCUCUAGGGUUGUUUAGCCAGAGAGAUAAAGUCUGUGCUUAGGUUAGCAUAUUUAGCCAGAACUUUAUGAUUUACUUAAUUAGUCUUGCUCGUGAAAUGGUUGGAGCAACGGACACAUGCCUGUAGUUCUUUUAUCAAGAUUAACACAGAGUUGAAGAGUGGUGAGAAAAUCAUAAUUAUGAUGUAAGUGUCAGUACAAUAUGACAUUAUUACGGUCACAUUGAUUUUUUGGUGUUGAGCUCAGGUAAGGCAGGCAGUAGUCAUAAUGAAGAGGCUAAAUCAGUACCAAUCAUAAUUUAAUUUUUGUCUUACACAUUCAUACUUCAUAGUCAACGAUAUCGAGCCAAACUCUUUUUCUGUUCCACCCACAGCAGGUAGUCGAGAUGUUUUUAUAUAUGUAUACAUACCCCAGUACAAAGUACCUACUUUAGUUUUUUUUUUUUUUUUU